AUGCAGCCCAUCAUUACGAGCAAGGGCAAGUCGACUCAGCUCAGGUACGAGCUACCGCAACGGGUGCACGGGGCGACGAUAUACCCAGCCAAGGCUCCCAACGGCUCAACGAUCAUUCUCACCGCACUCGACAAUGGUGUAGGCAUUCAAUGGAGGGGUGGACGCGCCCUGAAGAAGGCUGGUGCAGCACCUAAGCAGCCUGCGAAGCCAGCCAAAGUGAACGGCACGAACAACGACGCCAUCAUGAUCAUCGAUUCCGACGACGACGAGCCUGCGAAGACUGCGUCACAACCAGCCGCAGAAGCCGAGUUCGAGGAAGACGAAGAAGAGCUCGACCCUGACCAGCCUUAUCCAUCGUUUGUCCAACAAAUACGCCUUGCCCUUGGCACAGAAGUCCUACAUAUUGCCGUUCCUCAGAUCCCGACCAUUUCGUCGACACGUCCUGCCGAUACAGUCCCAGCCAUCUUCGCUAGCAAAAUGGUCUUCACUGUCACCUGCGCAGACUGCACCGUACGCGUAGUUACAAUGCCGCUGAGUCCUCCGUCCAAUGAGGCCAAACAGAAGUCUCUGAGCGCAAAGUCACAGUACGGGGAGGAUGUGACCAAGAUUCAAGCACACCAGAGCAUUGCAAGAGGUGUCACCAUGACCUGGACGUCAAGAUCUGAACCGAACGCCAAAGACGCUUCAGACGAUGACAUGGAUGUAGACGCAGAGGAAGAUGCAGGAACCACACCUGGACGUCGGCGUCGCAAGCAACAGAACCGCUCACGAUCGCGUGGUCAAGAACAGGACGGCUUUGACUUGCUCGUGGCAUCGCACUCUGCGGAGCUUGGAGGCUUGCUCAAGCUCUGGCGGUUCAAGCUGACCGAUACUUCGCUGGACGCUAUCCACCCCGUCGCGCCAUUGAAGACGAUAACGCUCCGCAAAUACGCCUCUCGCGUGACGUUCAACACUGCGCAAUACCCCAAGCGCCGUCACUCGCAGCUGCUCAUAACCGACGCAACAGGCACAGCGCGCGUCUAUGAUGUCUUCGCACCUGGCAAGCGACGCGCGCACGGUGCUCAAAGCGAAGCCGGCGCUUUCAUCAGUACCUUUAGAUCAAAUUUCGAAAGUGUCAAGAACAAUGUAUACACGCCCGCCGUUCUUGCCGCACGGAAACCUAUCAUUGAUGCUACUUGGGUAUCAGAUGGUCGCCAUAUUCUGGCUCUGCUCGCCGACGGAGAAUGGGGCGUGUGGGACGUCGAUCGAUCAGGUCCUAGCCCCCCAGCAGAUCCCUUAGCAUUCUCCCUGCGCGGCUAUGUGGGCACAUCGGAAAAGGAGAGCAGUGCCAGUGGAGCCUCGAGUCCGAAAAAGGGGAGUCGAAGCUCGCUCGCUCCUAUGACGCCCAACACACGCCGGAGGAAAGAGGAGAAUCUCUUCAAGGGCAGCCCAUCGAUCAGCGCCGCCGCGCCCCAUGGCGGUAUCACCGUCGCGUCGUUACCUUCCUCGAACAGCGCCGCCUCCGAAGAGUCGGUAAUUAUCUGGUACGGCUCAGAGGUAUACAGGAUAGCGGACCUCGCCAAGUUUUGGUCGCGCACUGCCUCCGCAAGUGGCGGUAAUUCGCUGCCCAGUCCCAGCCUCACUCAGAUCCAGGACAUCUCAAUGUCCGGCGAGUCAAUCACUUCAAUCUCGCAGUUUGACACCACCUCGCAAGCCUCGCGCAUGGCUGUUCCCAGGGAUCUCCUCAUCUCCGCAGAGCACCGCCUAAUCAUCGUCACCGGUACGACAAAAGCCCUUGGAAGGGACAUGAACGCCAUGUUCUCUCAUGCCCAGACGGAAAGCGAUGACUCAAGAAGAACAGAUCAAGCACUGUUGUCUCACGGCGCGCUCGACCUCGGCGGUAUGGACAGAAUGCUCGAUGAUAUGGACAACAGCGGCACCAUAUCCAAGUCUCUGACACUUGGAGGUCCGCGCAAGGUCCUCUUCGCAUCGUCUGCGGCCUGA